AUGACGGAUCGUGCUCGUUUGAUCUCGGCUUUUAUCACUCCCUUUGGGUUAUUUGAGUGGAAUCGGCUGCCUUUCGGCUUGAAGAAUGCGCCCCAGAUCUGUCAACGUAUGAUCGACAACGCGCUAAAUGGAUUCACGCGGAUCCCAAAGUCUGACGAUCACGGAGGUACUUUGGACGUGUUUGAGGACGGGGAACCGGUGGAUCUAGGUAAGCCAUCGGUGCUUGGGCGUAGAUCAUAUAUCGACGACAUCCUGAUCCCAGCCAAUAACUGGGAUCAACUAUGUGAUCGAGUCGAAGGCCUACUCGAGGCGUGCGAUAAGUUGAAUCUGUCGAUCAGUGUGGUUAAGAGUUUCUGGGGAAUGCCUAAGGUGGAAUAUCUCGACCAUAAGGCAAAUCCGAAGGAUCUGUCGGCACUGACUGAUCUAGCAUUUCCAGGAUCACUCAGAGCUAUGCAGUCAUUUUUGGGAAGUCUGAACUAUUACAGUCGGUUCAUCGAGGACUAUGCGAUUUAUGCGUCGGCCCUGUACAAGUUACGGGAAAUCGACUUCGCUGCGAUGAUGAAAGACACCACCCAAGCGCAGAUCCAACGGAUAUUAGAGGUGGAGAGCGCGGAUCAAGGAUCACAGGAAGAUCAAGUGAUCGACCACCGAAAGACCUUGGAUCUGGAGGCGCAAGAUCUUACCGAAGUGAAUCCGCGUUGGAUCCACGCCUACCGGUCCUUCAGUGUGCUCAAGGCCAAGAUCGCUACUACUCCGAUCUUACGGCACUUUGAUCCAGAUCAAAGUGCUACGAUUGAAGUGUAUGCCAGCGACUGGGCUAUUUCAGGAUCAUUGAUGCAGGAUUAUGACAAGAUCUACUACCACGUAAUGUUUGCGAGCCGUACCUUGAAGUCAAAUGAGCUGAAUUACGGAAUCGCAGAGAAGGAGGUACUAGCCCUUCUAAGGAUCCUGGAUCUUAACUACAAUGCACUGGCCGGACGUCCGACCCAUGUGUUGACCCGACACUCUACUUUGAUGUGGCUCUUCAGAUCCACAGCCCUGCAAGGACGUCUGGGACAGUGGGCUGCUCUGCUGUCGCCUUGGACACUUGAGAUCACCAAGUGUGUCAAAGGAGAGGACGAGAUCUUAGGAGCAUUGGCAGCCAGUAUUACCCCUAGGUCCGAAGUGGAUAAGGCAUUGAUCUCGAUCGUGCCCGUGUCAAGAGAGGUGGAGGCGCCUACAGCGCAAUCAUCUGGGUACGCCAAAGGCUUGACGGUGAACGAGGCGGAAUAUCAUGGGUUGUUGCUAUGUUCGGAUCUGUUGGAUGAUCUGGAUCCACGACGCCUGGUGAUCUGCGGAGUCUCAAACCUGGUGAUCCGCCAAGUACGAGGUGAGAUCGACUGCAAGGCGUCGGGUUUGACACUGUUGCGCCAGUGGGCUUUGGGUCGACGCCGGGUCACGAGCUAUUGCAUGUUAAGCGAGAUUGGAAUGUUAGCGCUGACAGCUUGGCCAGCGCCGCACUACAACGACAAUGUUGAGACCGAAGAUGAGAUCCAGGAUCUAGUGACCUUGAAGUGGUUGGAUGGGAUCCUGGUGGUGAAGAUCGAAGACGGGAUUGAACAGAUAUCGGCCGUAACGACCCGAUCUAAAGCUAGAUCUGGAGUACGUAUCGGAUCAGAUCCAGACUCAUUACAAUGGAGCGGAUCCGACAGACAAGCACAGGAUGAGGAGUCGUGGAUCCUGGACUUGAAGAAGUAUUUGGUUGGGGAGAUCCGGGAUCUGACACAAGAUGAUGCUAAGAUGUUUAGAUCUAUUGCUAUGAAUUACGAAGUGGAUCAGUCGGAUCUACUCUUUUACUGCCCGACAACUAAGGAGGAAGCCGCAGAUCGAGACAAGUUGAUGCGAUUGGUGAUACCCGAGACACUCCAACAGGAUAUUUUGCAUCACUAUCAUACGAGCUUGCAG